AUGAAUAAUGAUACAAAUAAAUGGAAUAAUCACAAAAUAAAAUAUGAUAGAAGAUAUAAAGAAGAAUAUACAGAUGAUAAUAAUACUAUUUAUUAUAAAAAUUUAUUUGUUGAGCAUAGUACUAUUUUAACUAAUGAAAAUGAAUAUGAGGAUACAGUAUUAGCAAGAAUACAUUGUAAUGAAGGGAAAUGUGUAAAUGUAAAUGUAGAUAACAUUGAGAAUAAGAAUUUGGAAAUUUAUGUGAAACAGUUAAUGUCUGUAAAUACUCCAGUUGUAUUUGACAACAAUACAUUGAUUAAUCCAACUAGCAGCAGUGGUGCCACUGAUGACAUAACAUAUGAAUUAUCGGUGGAAUCACAAUCAGUACCAACUAACAUUGACACUGAUAAUACUAUUACAAAUACAUCAAAUAAUAAUCUAAUUAAAGCUAAGUUUUUAUUGAAUUUUAGUUCUACUGGUGAAUCUUCAACAGGACUAUUUGAAUACAGGAUAGAUAAAUCACAACGAAAUAAAUUAUCACAUCCAAAUAAAAUUGAUAAAAUCAAAUUUUCUGAUUAUAUAAUUGAAUUUGAUGACAAUGCUAAAUUACCAACAAUUGGUACUGUCAAUAUUAUAUCCAUCAUUACUUGCAAGCAUAAUAAUCCAGUAUUAGUUGAAUUUAUAGUUUCUACAGAAAUAUAUUACUACAAUUACUUCUACUCAAUGAAUAAUAAUACAAAUAAAUGGAAUAAUCACAAAAUAAAAUAUGAUAGAAGAUGCAAUGAACAUAAUGACAAGAAUGGUAUUAAUUAUUAUAAAUUAAAUGAUAGUGAACCUACCGAAUCUACAGAAUCUACUACCUGUUUUUGUUUUCGCAAAAAAAAUCAUAAAUCUGAGCGUAAAGAAUUAGAAAAUCAUAAAUAUGAAUAUGAGGAUGUAGCAUUAGCAAGAAUACAUUGCAAGAAAGAAAAAUGUGUAAAGGUAGAUAACAUUAAGGAUAAGAAUUUGGAAAUUUAUCUAAAAUAA